GUGCACUUCCUCCCGAUCGGGACACAUUUUUGAUUGACUCACGACAAACUUAUUCCGAGAAUUCAAACAAGCACCAUAUUCUGUGGUCACAUCGAAUAGGACAGCCAUAUGCAUGUCCAGUAAAGCCUUUUCUAUAGCCACCGGCGUCGUGGUGCUCGCAAUUCUCUGGCGCAAGCUAUAUGUUCACCAUAGACCGACCACCGCGGACCUCCUGUCUACGAGGAAUCCGUCGCUCGCAGCGCUAUUACUCAGAGACGGUACAAUUCAACUGAUAGCACUACUACUACUGAACUUAUUACAGACCGCAUUGGGUUUCGUGAUCUCCACUCACUUCCAUUCUGAUCUCUCGUGUCCUCCUCAACGUCCGAGCCGCAGUGCGGUCCACGCGCGGAGAGCAGUCCCAAACGCCCUUUUUCUCCCGGUCGCGGCGUGGAGUCCGGACACAAGCUGAUGUCGAAAACAUGUCGUUCGAAUUAAACGUCCUCAGCUGCACCGAACAAGCCCCGGAGAGCGAUCGCUCUCACUCGCAAGACUCUAUGUGUUGCUGAACUGCGAAGCAUGGCAAACCGUGUCGUUACUGCCGGCGAUAAGGCUCACCAGGAUGUGAAUGAGGAA